CAGGGAACCGGGGCCGGUGCUGGAGAGGCCUAGGCUGGAGCUCUGAGCGCGCGCGGGGGGCCCCCGGACGACGAGGAGCGUGGAGCAGCCUCACCCCGCGCGCCCGGCGCUGCUUGGUGCACCUCAGACCUGUCAUCUGUCUCGCCCGCCCCCGCACGCCCGCGUCCCCGGCCGGGUGCUGUGUUCCAGGGUGCUUGUCGUGAGCUUUGGAGCCCGGGUUCGUCUGGGCCCUGCAUAUGGCGGGCUCGUUGGAGUUAAUCAUUCCCCGCCUCGCACACGCUCACAAUGAGGGGCGUGUGGACCUCUGCUGCGAGCCCCCCACCCCACCCAGGCCUUAAAGUAAAGACUUGGGGAAGCUGAGGAACUUGGAGUACCUGGGGCUUUCAAGCCUCAGACCCAAAGCAGACCUGGAGGAGGCUUCUGCCACCCAAAUGGGAGGCCACUGAGUGUUCCAAAGCCAUCUUUGGCCCGAGCUGCUGGAAGGAUGAAAGGGGAAGUUUCUUGCCUCGUUUUAAACUUUUGUUGGCUACAACUUCGGCGGCUACUUCCUGCUUCCACCAUGCCACUUCGGACCUGUUUGCCCAGGGGAGGCAGGAGAGGGGAGCAGUGGCCGGUCUUUGAGGCCACCGUGGCACGCUCCAGGAUCCGGGGACGCAGCAGCAUGGUUGGGACGUGUAGCUGAGCUCAAGAGCCUCUCCAGAAGAGGAAGGACCGGCGGACAUUUCUUGGCUCCUGCGUUUUCCUCCUCGGCCCCUCUCCUGCCCCCACUGGCUCCGGGACUGGGACUUAGGCCAGGCUUCCAGCAGGACCUUCUCCCGAGGGAUGGGCAGCUGCUGAAGGACGACCGUCUCAUUGCCAGGGCUUAGCUGGCCACACCAUGAACCUCCAGGCCCAGCCCAAGGCUCAGAAUAAACGCAAGCGUUGCGCUUUUGGGGACCAGGAGCCAGCUUCCAAGGAGCAGCCGCCGCCCCUGAAGGCUCCACCACAGUCCCUCAGGGCGAAGGAGGAACAGUACGAGGCCCACGAAGGCCCAGCCGGGGUUGCCUCCACCACCCAGCCCGUGGAGCUGCCUCCGACCAACAACCUGGCUCUGCUGAACUCCGUGGUGUACGGGCCUGAGCGGACCACCGCGGCCAUGCUGUCCCAGCAAGCCCAAGUAAGCUCCGUCAAGUGGCCCAACUCCGUGAUGGCUCCGGGGCGGGGCCUGGAGCGAGGAGGAGGAGCUGGAGGAGGAGGAGCUGGAGGCAUCAGUGACAGUGGCUGGCAGCAGCAACCUGGCCAGCCUCCACCCCACUCUUGGAACCACCUGUCCCUCUACAGUGGACCCAAAGGGAGCCCUCAUCCAGGCGUGGGGGUCUCGCCCUACUAUAACCACCCUGAGGCACUGAAGGGGAGCAAGCCCGGGGUCCCGCAGCUGGAUCACUAUGGAAACGCAGUGCAGCCCAUGGUGCCGCAGAAGGUGCCGCUGGAGGUGGGGAGGCCCCAGGCACCCUUGAACUCUUUCCACGCAGCCAAGAAACCCCCCAACCAGACACUGCCCUUGCAACCCUUCCAGCUGGCCUUCGGCCACCAGAUGAACCGGCAGGUCUUCCGGCAGGGUCCGCAGCCGCCUAACGCCAGCACCCCCUUCCCGCCUCAGAAGCAGCCGCAGCCGCAGCAGCAGCCGGCAGGCCUGCCCCAGAUGCAGCUGUUUGAGAGCUUCUACCCCAUGCAUCAGCAGCCUUCACAGCAGCCCCAGGACUUUGGCCUGGCACCGGGUGGGCCCCUGGGGCAGACCCACCUGUCCCAUCACAGCAUGGCCCCCUACCCUUUCCCCCACAACCCGGAUCUGAACCCAGAACUGCGCAAGGCCCUCCUGCAGGACUCCGGCCCACAGCCUGUGCUACCUCAGCCCCAGAUGGCCUUCCCGCGCCGCUCCCGCCGUCUCUCCAAGGAGGGGAUUCUGCCUUCCAACUCCCUCGAUGGAGCUGGCGCCCAGCCUGGGCAGGAGCCCACGGGCAACCUGUUCCUUCAUCACUGGCCUCUGCAGCAGCCGCCGCCGCCGCCGGGCUCCCUGGGCCAGCCCCAUCCUGAAGACCUGAGGUUCCCGUUGGAACUGAGGGAGUCACAGCUGCUGGCUGACGGGGAGAGACUGGCACCCAAUGGUCGGGAGCGGGAGGCUCCCCCCAUGGGUAAUGAGGAGGUCAUGCGGGCAGGGGCCCUGGGGGACUGCGGACAGAUGAUGCGAGGUGGGGUGAUCCAGAGCACAAGACGGAGGCGCAGGGCGUCCCAGGAAGCUAAUUUACUGACGCUGGCCCAGAAGGCGGUGGAGCUGGCCUCUCUGCAGGAUGCCAACGGCGCUGAGGAGAAGCGGAAAAGUGUGCUGGCCUCGACUGCCAAGUGCGGGGUGGAGUUUUCUGAGCCUGCCUUAGCGGCUAAGCGAGCUCGAGAGGAGAGUGGGAUGAUGCCCCUCAUCAUCCCCGUGUCUGUCCCCGUGCGGACGGUGGGUCCACCUGAGGUGGCCCAAGUGGGAAGUGUCGAUGAGGACGGCAAGGGUCUUGAACACUACCCCACCGAGCACAAGCCCUCGGUCAUCGUUACCCGCAGGCGGUCCACGAGAGUCCCUGGGACGGAUGCUCCAGCUCAGGCCGAUGAGCUGACUGUCAAGUUGGAGGGAGAGACUUCCCUGCGGAAACCAAAGCAGCGGCCACGGCCGGAGCCCCUCAUCAUCCCCACCAAGGCGGGCACUUUCAUCGCCCCUCCUGUCUACUCCAACAUCACCCCUUACCAGAGCCACCUGCGUUCUCCCGUCCGCCUAGCCGACCACCCCUCCGAGCGGAGCUUCGAGCUGCCCCCCUACACCCCGCCCCCCAUUCUCAGCCCCGUUCGGGAAGGCUCCGGCCUCUACUUCAAUGCCAUCAUAUCAACCAGCAGCAUCCCGGCCCCUCCUCCCAUCACGCCAAAGAGUGCCCACCGUACCCUGCUCCGUUCUAAUAGCUCCGAAGUCACCCCGCCCGUCCUGUCUGUGAUGGGGGAGGCCACCCCCGUGAGCAUCGAACCACGGAUCAAUGUUGGUACCCGGUUCCAAGCAGAGAUCCCCACGAUGAGAGACCGUGCCCUGGCAGCUGCAGACCCCCACAAGGCUGACUUGGUGUGGCAGCCCUGGGAGCAUCUUGAGAGCAACUGGGAGAAGCAGAGGCAAGUGGAUGACCUGCUGACAGCCGCCUGUUCAAGCAUUUUCCCUGGUGCUGGCACCAACCAGGAACUGGCCCUGCACUAUCUACAUGAGUCGAGGGGGGACAUCCUGGAAACACUGAAUAAGCUGCUCCUGAAGAAGCCCGUGCGGCCCCACAACCACCCACUGGCCACGUAUCACUACACAGGCUCUGACCAGUGGAAGAUGGCUGAGAAGAAGCUGUUUAACAAGGGCAUCGCCAUCUAUAAGAAGGAUUUCUUCCUGGUGCAGAAGCUGAUCCAGACCAAGACGGUGGCCCAGUGUGUGGAGUUCUACUACACCUACAAGAAACAGGUGAAAAUCGGCCGCAACGGGACGCUCACCUUCGGCGACGUGGAUACAAGUGAUGAGAAGUCAGCCCAGGAAGAGGUUGAAGUGGACGUUAAGACUUCUCAGAAGGUCCCCAGGGUGCCUCCUCCCAGAAGAGAGUCCCCAAGUGAAGAGAGACUGGAGCCCAAGAGGGAAGUGAAAGAGCCCAGGACAGAGGGGAAGGAGGAGGAGGUGACAGAAACCCAGGAGAAGGGAGAGCAGGAAGAGGGCCGUGAGCGCAGCCGGAGGGCCGCUGCCGUCAAGGCGACGCAGACACUACAGGCCAACGAGGCGGCCAAUGACGUCCUCAUUCUCCGGAGCCACGAACCCAACGCCCCGGGGCCUGCAGGUGCUCAGACCUCCGAGAAGCCGAGGGAAGGACCCGGGAAGUCACGCAGGGCACUGCCUUUCACGGAGAAGAAGAAAAAACCCGAGGCUUUUAAUAAAACCCAAAACCAGGAGAACACUUUCCCUUGUAAAAAAUGCGGCAGGGUGUUCUACAAGGUGAAGAGCCGCAGCGCUCACAUGAAGAGUCACGCCGAGCAGGAGAAGAAGGCGGCGGCCCUGAGGCUGAAGGAGAAGGAGGCUGCAGCCGCCGCCAACGCCAACAACGCCGCGCACCAGCAGGCGCUGAGGGAGGAGAGCGGCGAGGGCGAGAAGGGCUGAGAGCCCGCUGGACCCUCUCCCUGGGCUCCCCCUGCACCCUGUCCCCCCGGGAACCUCCGGAGGGAGCCAGGAGAGGGUCCCGCGGACUUUGCCAAACCAAUCCGAUGAUGAAAACGAAACAGGCGCUUUUAUCGACGCAGGCCGGGGACAGUGUUAAGGGCUUGCAGGAUCCAGUCCUGCCAGGAUCUGGUCCGGCGGGAGCUGAGCCGCUGGCCGGGAGCCCUGAGAGGCCGGGCCCCUUGCAAGGGGGAAGAGGGCUCUGGCGCUGCUCUCCGAUCUCUGCUGUUGCCAGGCUUUGCGCAUCUCUGCCUCUUCCGCCCCGGGUCCCGAGUAAGCCACCGUGGCAAGCCAAGCACAAGCUCACCCCAUGGCAGAUUAUUUCUCCUUCCCCAGAGGACCUGGAAGGCUGUGCAGACCUUGUCCCAGGCCCCACACACAGAGGGACUCCUUAGAGAAUGGUGGCCUUAACACCUUGGGGUGUCCCUCUACAACUGCGUCCAGGCUGGGGCCGCGCCAGUGACCUGGCUUGAGGUCACCGCCUCCCUAGGAGGUAUCUCGGAGGACAGAUACAACCUCGUUGCUGCUUGUGAACAGCCCGUCUGGGGCUGGAAAAGUCUUCUCAAACAUUUGAGGAAGGGCCCCCCCGCCCCCCGCCCCCCCGCUCUUCACGUCCCCGCUCUCGGCCUGCUGCGGGGAAGGGGAAGGGGAAGGGAACUGUACAGAGAGGCCAGAAGAUGCAGAGCCAGGCCCGAGGGAUCUUUCCGAGAAGCCCUAAUGACGCUUCCUGCUGCCUUCCAUUUUACACCUUUGGGUCCUGGAGGCCGCUGAGGGAGCCUCAAGCCGGUCCCGGAAAGGCCUGGCCUGCUCCUCGGUGCCAGCUCCCUUCCUGCUUGUCCUGUUCUCGGGUAGCUGCGGCCUAAGCCCACUGCACCCCCCACUCAGUGUUGAUAUUCACAGCCUAACCCCCCACCCCCACCCCCACCCCGGUCCUGCAUGCUGAAGAUUUCUGGAUCCUUCCCUGGGAGGGGAUGUCUCCUAACUAGAUUAGACAGGAGCCUUCAUUCUUUGCCUCGUGGCAUUUGGGAACUAUUUAUUUAUUCUUAAUAUUUAAUUUUUAACAUCCUCAGGGACCAGGGGCCUCUUGCUUUCCAGAGGUCCAAGUGCAUUUAAUCCCAAAAUAAAGGCACCUUCUUGGCAUCCCCACCCCCCACCCCCCAUCCCAAGGCCCUAGGGUCCCUUACCCCGUGGCUCUUGCCGGUAGGAACGGUGGUGGUACUGAAGGGGCUGGGAAGGUGGAGAAUGUUGUCCCGGUCGCGGGAAACGAGCCGAUGUGGGUGAGAUCAAAGGCAGUUCUCGGGCCUGCCUUCUGUGUACUUUCAAAACGCUUGAGGGAGUUGGCAGGCCGCCAGAAUUCGAGUUCUGUUUAUCAGCCUGGAUUCUGGCUGGAAGAAACCGUAUUUGGCAUGAAAUUACUGAAGGGCCGGAAUGUUCUGGAGGCCCCUUGGCUUGCCAGUUCUUAUAGGGGGCCUACGUGAUUUUUCUGACAUCAUUAGUCAACUUGAGCUGUGCAGAAGAAAGUCUAAGUGGAUGUGUGUCUGAGAGGUCAACAUGUUAGCCAAGAACUUGAAAAGGACUCGUGCACUGUUCUGUAGGGAAUAGCCUUCAGCCCUGUUGGAAACUGGGAAGAGACGUGGAGUUUUGUUUUAAGCUGUUCACUAUUGGGUAAUUUUUACAUUCAUUUAUGCGUUAGUAUGGUCCUAUGAGAGCUGCCUUUGAAUGUAACAAAAAUGUCCCCCUAGAUAGCUGGGGGGUUACUUAAACCCUCAGCUUCCCCGUUCGUUUCUUUCAGAGGCGUCUACAAACUCAGAGUCUCGAGAUUGCAAAAGUCUGGUACCCCCUAGAAGCAAGAGAGCAACAAAUGACUUCCUUCUAAAUCACGUGCAUAAUGAGUGCCUUCAUAGCUUAGCCCCAAAGUGCUGCUUAUGGUUCCCAAGGUUUUUGUUUUUUUUUCCUGUUUAAACCAUAUUUGGCUCAGGCCCUUUGGACAUGUGAUAUCAGACAUCUUCAGCCACGUGAGACUCUUCUGCUCAGUGGUACCACCUAGUCCUUGGAAAUCCUAAAAAAAAAAAAAAAAAAAAAAAAAGCAAUUCUACUUUUCUCAAUUCACAGAGACCAGACCAGAUGAAUAUAGCCAGGGGAAAAAAAAAAAAUCGAGAUGCUACCUUUCAGUAGUGAUCUCAUCAGAAGAGCCCAUGCUCCAGGACGCAGUGUGAGCAUCGCGCUGUUUCCAGGGCAGAUGCCCUUGUGGCAGGUAGCCACCGAGGCUGGCGCAGGCACAUCCUUACUGGUGCUUUCUCAUAUGAACACGCUGGGCUUGGUUUGUUUUCGUUGUUCUUUUCUUCCUCCUCGGAGCUUUCUGCUUUAAGAAUAAGUAACAACUUCAGCUUUACGGUAGCCUCCCCAUACCAUCUCACCUUACCUGCCUGCAGCCUCCACCUGCAUUCCGAGAAGGGCAUGGAACUGACAAUAGUGCCUGUGUUCUGGACCAUUUCUGAGGUCUCUUACCCAUCUAAGGAGACAGUGCCGUUACCGCUGUCCUCCACGCCUUCAGCAGUCCCCUCACGGCUAAGGUACAUACCCGCCCUCCCACCACCCCACCUCCAGCCCUGGCACAGAGGCCCUGUGCUGCUGAUGUCUAAAGGGAUUGCCUAUAUUUAACUGCCUCAGUGACCUAACCUCUUUCUUCUCCUGUGCCAGAUGUUAAAGAUGAAGGAGGAAUAUACAACACAUAUUCAAGCCUCAGCUGUUUAAAUGUUUUUUUGUUUUUUUUUUUUUAAAUGGGGGCUCACUUUUCUGGGUUGUUAUUUAUUACUAGACUGGCAAAGCCUAACUCCUUAGGUUUUUACGGGAAGUAUGCGUAUUUUUAUAAAACAGUUGUGUCUAACCCACAUUUGACUGUGUUGGUUGCCUCAAAAAAAAAAAAAAAAAAAAAA